AUGGCUCAAUUUCAAUUGAUAUUUUUGCUCAUUUCCAUAGCUAGCCAAAGCGAAACAGCUAAGGUACGCUGAAAUAUACCAUUCAGUUUUCUAUCAACUCUUCUUUAGACUUUUUCCAAUGCACGCCUACAAUUGAUGUGGAAAACAUUCAGCUGCAUCACGAAUCCGGACUAUAUUUCCCAACACAAGUGUAUCAUCUUGCAGACCGACAAGUCUCUGAUCACAGCCGAGGUGAUCUACAUUAAGGAUAUUUCCAAAUACAAUGCCACCUUCAAGCUGUUGCUGCCGCGAAAGCCUUCCAGGGUAUUUCAAAAGGUAAUCGAUGUGAAUGUGGACAUAUGCCAGUUCGCCAAGGGAAUCCACGGCCACAGAUUCAUUUCGUUUGUCAUCAAAGCCUUUGAAAGGCAAGCAAAUCAGCUAAAGUGUCCUCAUCCCAAGGGCCUCUACACGUACCCCAACAUAAACAUUGGCGAACAUUUGCCAGCCUUCCUGCCAGAGACCGAUUUCAAAAUCGAAAUGAAUUUCCUAACCUCCGAAACGCAUUUAAUGAAUACCAGUCUCACUGGAUUCUUGUACGACCCAUUGAGAAAGGCAAAGAUUACUUAA